GUAGCAUGUCCCUCCUCCCGCGCGUGCGCUGCCGCAGCUUACCACCUGCGUCCGUGCUUCGUUCGGGUGCUCUUCCGCGACGCGCUACAUAAAGAGCGAUCUGCAAGCGUGCCCUGCCGGUCUUUGCUGCUGCGCAAGCGCAGACAUGUCUGCGACGUUCAUGACGCAGUACCCCCGCUGGUACAAACGCCCGUUCAAGAAUCCGUACAAGACCUUAUGCCAUGCGUACAACGUCGAUUCACCGCUUUCGAGGCUCGCCGUCGACGCCGAGAUACCCCGCGUCAUCGACAUGCGUGUUCUACAGACGCACGACAUACCCACUCACGCCCUCAUCGUCCUCGACGCGUCUCGAAACGGCCAAGAGCCACUUGUCCUACCCAUAGACCUCGCAGCGUUCAAUGCCACUUUUCAAAACGGCAACAACCUACGGGUCCCUUCGCAAAAUCCUUUGCCUCCCACGAACCACCGAUACGGUGUGCCAUACAGAGACCCCGACGGCUGGACAGUCACGCUUCCUACCCUCGUCAUCGAGGCGCCGCACCCACGUUCGCUACCGCUCCUUCUGCUCUACUCCCUCUGGGACCACCUCCCGAACAAGCCGCCCGCAGAGCUGACUCCACCACCGUCUCCCGAGCCGUUCAGAAGCGCCGCGACGACGCUUCCCGUCAACCCACGCACGCCGCCGUCGAGUCCGACGACGACAAUCAGCCUCAACUCCCAGUCAUCCAUCGCAAGCGAUCGCGCCCCAACACCGCCGCCGCCGCCGCCCGAGCGGCCGCUCGUGUGUACCGCGCAGCUCGCAACGUACCUCCUGCCGACGGCGGUGCUCGAGGAGUUCCCGGCGUAUCCCGCGCAGGCGGCGGCGCUCGCGCGUGCGUGCACGGACGACGAGCUGCGCGCGCACCGUGCGUUCAACGGCGGGCUCUGGCGGAACGUGCUCCUCCUCGCUCCGCGCGCGCAUGCGAUACAGGACAUUGCGAGCAACGCGUGGAACACCGCGGCCGCGGCGUACAAGUACCGCGCCGAGUACCGCGCGGACCGCACGCAUGUGCGGCGACGCGGCGAGAAGGAUGCUGCACAGACGGGGCGGGGGCAGGAGGGCGUCACCGCCGUGCCACUCGCUGCGAAGGAUACUCAGCACGCUGACCAGCGAGGGGAAGCAUCUUCGAUCUCGCGAACGACAUCAAGUGAGUCCGGCGGCCGCGAGGUGCUCCAGGCAUCAGUGCAAGAGAGUCAUUCGGGACGUAAUGCCUAGGUUACUGCAGCAGAUCCCAACGGGUGUGCACUGCACCCGCUUCCCUGCGCUGGCGGCCCAACGGUGUGCCGCAAGGCACCCUAGCCGCUUAUGGCGGGUUCCAGAGGAUCACUGCACUGCCGUUAAGGCCGAGAAUAACUGACUAAUUAACCCUGCUCCCUAUGUCAUGACUCAUGAGAUCUGCGCCCAGUAUCUGGGGCUGUGACCACGCGAAUCCUCCCGAUCUCGUGAAUCUCAGUUCGCAAACGCCAAUCACUCUUUCUUGCGCUCGACGACUGAAGACUUGCCCAUAUGCUAGUAGUUCCGCUUUGCAUAAUACGUCUCCCUCCUUUAACGGUGUUACACGCAUACAUACAUCUUCUUAGUAUCAAGAACAGCC